AGUGUUUACUAAAUUUGCGGUGCUAUCUGACCAUCAUAUUUAUCCUAGAACUUUGCCUUCGAUAAAAAAUAUUCGCGAAAUAUUUCCGCUAGAGCAAAACCUUCGAUUAGGUUAGAUGACGGUUCGACAUUCUACUGCGGGAAUGUUGCGAAAAGAAACAGUAGUUACAGUAGAGCACAGUUAACAGACUGCCAUUAAUGAAUGGUACAUUUUCUGCGGGGCUUCUCCAUUGUGAACACAAAACACUGCGAGCUGAUCAGGUUUUAACAUAAUGUUCCAUGUAGGAAUGCCACACUUGUCAAUCCACUAACUAGGAAGUAGCCUGACUUAAGCUUAGUUGAACGCGUACACCACAUUUAACAGUUUUCCAAUAAAUGUGGGGUUUAGCAUUAUAAAACUGCACUAAGGUUAUGAGUGACGUGGUAUUGCUGGUGCUUCGGAUUAAUUUCAAUAAUCUCGUGGUUUAAUCAACACCACCUAGAUAGCACAUGGCCUGUUCCCUCCGAUCCAUGACGUCAUGCUACCUGGUCCGAAAUUUCCAUUGCCAAGCCUGGCGUAACGAAAGCGGUGACGUCGAAAUCACCGCUGCUGCCUCGGGAGCAUUCCCAUUAGAUUCUAUGACAGUCGGGCCAGGUAGCAUCAUGUCAUGGAUCGGAGUGAACGGGCCUCGUGCUACCUAGGUGGCGUGAGUUUAACGUGCACCCAAAUUCCAUGACGACUGCGUAGUAUAUAACGCAAACAGAGCUACGAAUGCGCAGGCGCGCGCUCAUGCGACAAGAAAGCAACAAAUAAAGACAGACGACGCCUUGCGUAUCUGGCUCAAGGUAGGGGAAAAAAAAAAGAAAAGACCCGUCCGCGUGUCUAGAACAAGACGAAGCACUCAUGGUUGUUCUCGCUCGCUAUCAGAGGUGAAAGCGACCAAGGGGGAUAACAAGAACGUCUCAGACUCCUAAAGCCCCUCCAUAGCUAUACCGGAAAAGCCUGAGCUGAUGGAGGAGCUUUAAGGACUCCCCCGGUGAACGCUCGAACAUCUUGUACGAGAUCAUCGACAACAAUGGACUCGCAGAGAAGCUGGGUCGUGGCUGGCGCCUGUUUCUGGACCAACGUGUUCGCCUUCCCUCUUCUCGGCGCUGCCGGCGUCGUGUACAUCAAUAUUCUACAGACCUUCCACGUGACCCGGGAGGAAGCCUCGUGGCCUGUCAGCCUCACGUCCACGUUCUACCUUCUGGCAGGUCUUCUGGGAGGAAUCCUGAACCAGUACGUCACCAUCCGGACCAUCUUGGUGAUCUCCUGUACUAUCAGCGCUCUGCUCGUCUCAUCCUGCUACUUCACCACGAGCCUGUGGUUCUUAAUUAUUGUGUUGGGCGUUUUGCACGGAAUAUUCGUAGGUGGCAUCAGGCUAAACGUGGUGGUUAUCAACAAACACUUCGCCAAAUACUUAUCCAGUGCGUCUGGACUGAACAUGGCCGGUCAUUCCGUGGGAGGAUUCAUUCUGCCGCCGCUGCUUCAACUUCUGUUCGACCAGUACGGCUUCAGGGGAGCUCUUCUCAUAUGCGGUGGAGUCUCGCUCAACGCCGUCCCUGCGGCUCUCCUUUGCCGUGACCCGGAUAAACCGAAACCUCUGAAGAAUCAAAGCGAAACGAGUGAUGAAAGCUGUUUUGGAGAGGACGAAGUUCCCGAAAAGGAGGCCAUCGCUACUGAAUUGAGCGCGACUGUUUAUCAUACGUCUGCUGAGAGGGAUGUUCUGCCGGACAAGCCGAUGAAAGAGGUUGAAAGGUACGAGCUGCUUUCACCUGUCCUGUCGGAGAAAAGCAUUUGUACACUUGAAUCAAGUUUGACGGCCUUUCGGACGACCGAUUUGAAAAACAAACCGCCGCUUAAGGGCGCCGCGCCGAACCAACUUGGAGCUCAUCGACAAGAUAGCGCAGCUGUGACCGAACACAGCUACGGGUUCAUUUUAAACCCUCACUUUUACCUGGUGACGCUUACUCACCUCGUUGUCUUCUCCAACAUGGUGACGUGCCUUACUGUGAUAAUUGACUUCGCCGUCGACUGCGGCGUUCCCAAAUGGAAUGCCGUGCUCCUGCUGCCAGCGUACUCGGUCGCAGACGUCGUGGCGCGUCUCGGCUCGGGUUGGGUGACGGACAAGAGAUACCUGUCGAGGAGGGCGUGGACCGCCCUGUGUCUGCUCUUAUGGGCUGCUGCGUUGGCGUCGAUGCCACUAGGGCGUUCCUUCGGCUCGUUGUUGGUGUGCGCCGUCGUGUCCGGUUGGUGCAACGGCUCCACUUUGUCCCUGGUCCCGGUUCUUUACGCUGAAGUGACCGACGCGCUGCAUUACCCUCUGUGCUUCGGAGCAGGAUCCAGCUUGGUCGGUCUCGCCAACCUGCUGCGGCCGUUAUUGAUAGGUCACUUCCGUGAUAUCACCGGGGGCUACGGAGGCUUGUUCUACUUCUACGCCGGCUGCACAUGCGUGAUGUUAGUAUUUUGGUUAUUGUUUGAAGUGCGGAAUUUGUACAAAGGUCGAAAGAUUUUAGCUUUUUAGAUCAUCGCAAAGUGACCACACACUUGUCGUAAAAGCCUGCAAUGACGCAAACAUGCACCAGGAAGGCUAAGAAAGAAUAUUUCCACUGCAACCUGUGGGAGGGAGACUCAUUGAAUUGUAGUACAAUAUGACCUGCUCCUAAAGGAAACAUCUAAACAGUAAUAAAGCAAAUGAAUAAGAGCAACAGUUCUUGAUAUUUAUCCAAAACAAUUUAUCACAUGAACCAUGAGGCACACAUCUAUAGAUGCAAAAAUAACCAACAGGCCGUUUUGUCAUGUCUUAGUGGCGAUCGAUGGCGAAGUAUUAACGGAAUGUUUCCUUGAAGAGCUAGCCAUACUACUGUACUAUACAUUCUUCGAGUUAACGGUGUCCUUCGUGAAACAAUUGCAUUAUAGGACAACAUCAUUAUUUCGUGAAAAUUAUUAGUGUCCUGGUGUAAUUACUUCUCACAACUUUCUUCCUUUCGUCGCAUGUUCUGAGGGGAACUAAAUACGUGGGCCAACAUUGGCCACGAAACUGAAAAUAUAUUGAAAAUAGGAGAAGUGCGCCAUCGCCAAGCAAGCGACAUUCUGACUGCAGAACAAUUUUCUACUGUUAUGGGUGGGUGUACGCAUAUCCUUUCCUUACUUAACCUACGCUGAUCACCCCCUGCAGAGAUGCAACAUCCAUCGCCUCCUAACUCCCGACAACUUUAAACCGACUCGACUCGAGACCGUUCUCUGAAUUAAAUAUACUCGGACCGUGGCCACAUCCGUAACUGGCACAAAAAGCGAUUCAUGCGCUAGUACAGUACUUGAAGGGCACCGACUUGAAAAACCGCUUAUAGUGCUGCUGUGCAUCCUACCAGGUGCACUCAGUGUUCACCCUCUUCCUCAUUUUAUUCCCCCUUUUCCCUUACCCCAAGUGCAGGGUAGCAAACGGGACGCUCGUCUGGUUCCCCUCCCUGCAUGUCUUUCCUCUCCGACUUUAUCGAUUGAGCGAUAGUCUGGGAAUAUAUCAUCAUCAUCAUUAGCCUAUAUUUUAUGUCCACUGCAGGACGGAGGCCUCUCCCUGCGAUCUCCAAUUACCCCUGUCUUGCGCUAGCUGAUUCCAACUUGCGCCUGCAAAUUUCAUAAAUUCAUCACCCCACCAAGUUUUAUGCAGUCCUCGACUGUGCUUGCCUUCUCUUGGUAUCCAUUCUGUAAUCCUAAUGGUCCACCGGUUAUCCAUCCUACGCAUUAUACAUGGCCUGUCCAGCUCCAUUUCUUCCCAUUAAUGUCAACUAGGAUAUCGGCUAUCCCCGUUUGUUCUCUGAGCCACACCGCUCUCUUCCUGUCUCUUAACGUUAGGCCUAACAUUUUUCGUUCCUGUCCUUAACUUGUUCUCGAGCUUCUUUCUUAACCUCCAAGUUUCUGCCCCAUAUGUUGGCAUCGGUAGAAUUGAAUGAUUGUACAGUUUUCUGUUCAACGACAGUGGUAAGCUCCCAGUCAGGAUUUGGCAAUGCCUGCCGUAUGCACUCCAACCCAAUUUUAUUCUUCUGUAAAUUUCCGUCUCGUGAUCAGGGUCCCCUGUGAGUAAUUGACCUAGAUAAACGUACUCCUUUACAGACUCUAUAGAGAGUGACUGGCGAUCCUGAACACUACCUGAUUUGUUAAAAUCAUAGGCAGCGGUACAAGGUAAAUUUUUGAAAAAGAAAAAUAAUGAGAGGUAUACAAAAAUGCUAGAUAAAGAACAUGUAUAGUAUACCUGAUUAAAUCAAGCAGGCUAGGUGACUAUUUGUCGCCGCCCCGUUUCAAAGGGGAUGCCAAUAAAUCAUCAUCAUCAUCAUCACUUGUUCCCUUGCCAGGCUAUUGAACAUUAUCUUUGUCUUCUGCAUAUUAAUCUUCAACCCCACUCUUACACUUUCUCGGUUAAGGUCCUCAAUCAUUUGCUGUAAUUCGUCCCCAUUGUUGCUGAAUAGGACAAUGUAAUCUGCAAACCGAAGGUUGCUGAGAUAUUCGCCGUUGAUCCUCACGUCUAAGCCUUCCCAGUCUAAGAGCUGGGCCGCGAUUUUGUAGCGAUGCCUUGUUAUGACUUAUCUCUUAUCUUAUCUUAUCUCUUAGUCUUAUCAUCCACCGCUCAUGGCCGGCUGAUCCCGUUGAUAACGCGAGCGGACCGUCGCUCCGACCACUGACAAAGCGCGAUAAGCGCGAAAAGGCAAAACCCCGGAAAGGCAUCGCUACAAAAUACCGGCCCUUGAAUACUUCUAAGCAUGCAGUGAAUAUCAUUGGAGAGAUUGUGUCUCCUUGCCUGACCUCUUUCAUGACAGAUAUCUUUCGACUUUUCUUGUGGAGAACCAAGGUUGCUGUGCAAUCCUAUUUUCCAAGAUAUUCACGUAUGCCUCCUGUACUCCUUGAUUACGCAAUGCAUCUAUGGCUGCUGAUAUCUACUGAAUCAAAUGCUUUUUGAUAAUCUAUGAAUGCCAUAUAGAGAGGUUGUUUGUACUCCACAGAUUUCUUUAUUACCUGAUUUAUGACAUCAAUAUGAUCCAUCGUAGAAUAUCCCUUCCUGAAGCCAGCCUGGUCGCUUGGUUGGCUGAAGUCAAGUGUUGCCUUGAUUCUAUUGGAAAUUAUCUUGGUGAAUAUUUCAUACAGUACUGAAAGCAAGCUAAUGGGUCUAUAAUUCUUCAAUUCUUUAAGGUCUCCCUUCUUAUGGAUGAGUAUAAUGUUGGAGUUCUUCCAGCUUUCUGGUACACUUGAAGUCGUGAGGCAUUGCGUAUAAAGGGCCGCAAGCUUUUCAAGCAUGAUAUAUCCUCCAUCUUUGAUUAAAUUGACUAUUAUCCCAUCUUCCCCAGCAGCUUUCCCCCUGGUCAUGUCUUUCGAGGCCCUUCUAACUUCAUCGCUAGUUACAGUAAAACCCCGCUGUUACGUUCCCGGGUGCUGCGUUUUCCCGGCUGUUACGUCGUUUUCGGCCGGUCCCGGCACAGCUCCCAUAGAACCCAAUGCAUUGGUAACCCCGCUGUUACGUCGCAACUGUGGGACCGUUCUCGCAUCAUACGUGGCGAACUGCCACCCCGCGCCGGCCCGAGCGGCCAUUUUGACUUUUCAUGUCGCUUGGCUUGGUUGCUUGACGACGGCAUUGGCCGCCCAAAGUGCCGGGGGCGACAUUUAUGACGUAUUUUCGGUUUCCGCCAGCAAAAGUAUGGCCCUUGAGAUCCGCAUUUGGUAUCUAAAGAUGGUGUCUAUGACGCAUUGCGGCCCUAAAAUUGGUUUUGGCUCAUAGAUGUUCCGUAUAAUGUCCAAGGGCGAUAAAGCCGUCGCCGCGCGCCGUAUGCUUUAUGUGCGAGUGAAAGCGUGCGAGGGGAGCCGACGACCGCGUCUAAAUCUCGCGCGCGAAAGGGAGGAAAGCAGGGCGGAAGCGCGCCUUCUUCCGUUGCGCUCGAGGCACCGGCG